AAACGGGGUCAUUCUGUCUUUCUGGAAUUCUAUAAAAACAUCACUUCACGUUACGUGUUACAUACUGUAAAGUACUGUUCCUUUAAGAGGACCUCCCCCCUCCCGUUUGCUUUGUCCAUCACACUUUCUCCGGGUACUCGAGCCCUGCUCAGUUCACUUCAGCACCAGCAGCCAUGGCCGAGAUCAAAACGGGCGUCUUCGCAAAAAAUGUCCAGAAAAGGAUCAGCAGAGCGCAGGAAAAGGUGCUUCAGAAGUUGGGGAAAGCCGAUGAAACAAAAGAUGAACAGUUUGAGCAGUUCAUCCAGAACUUCAAGAAACAGGAGGCGGAGGGGACAAGGCUGCAGAGAGAACUGCGGGGAUAUUUAGCUGCAGUCAAAGCGAUGCAGGAGGCCUCCAUGAAGUUAACAGAGUCUCUACAUGAAGUCUAUGAACCUGAGUGGUAUGGCGCGGAUGACAUCAUGCUCAUUGGAAAGGGCUGUGAUGCUCUAUGGGAAGACUUUCAUCAGAGGCUGGUGGAUGGGGCCCUUAUAACAUUGGAUACUUACCUGGGACAGUUUCCUGACAUUAAAACUCGCAUUGCGAAGCGUAGCAGGAAGCUGGUGGACUAUGACAGCGCCAGGCAUCACUUAGAGUCCCUACAGAACGCCAAAAGAAAAGAUGAUGGCAAAAUCACUAAGGCAGAAGAAGAAUUCAACAAAGCACAAAAAGUAUUUGAAGAACUAAAUGUAGACUUGCAAGAAGAGCUCCCGUCUUUGUGGGACAGUCGAGUUGGUUUCUACGUGAACACAUUCAAGAAUGUAACAAACCUGGAGUCAAAGUUUCAUAAAGAAAUUUCAGUUCUGUGUCACAAGCUGUAUGAGGUGAUGACCAAGCUGGGAGAGCAACAUGCUGACAAGGCCUUUACUAUCCAAGGAGCUCCAAGUGAUACUGGUCCACUGCGAAUUGCCAAGACACCCUCGCCCCCAGAUGAACCUUCCCCGCCUGGCAGUCCUGAAGCCAGCCCCAAUCACAUGCUGGCACCCGCCUCACCAGCACCAGCUCGUCCAAAGUCUCCAACACAGCUAAGAAAGGGUCCUCCUGUCCCACCUCCUCCAAAACUCACCCCUACGAAAGAACUGCAUCAGGAACAAAUCCUCAACUUGUUUGAGGACAACUUUGUCCCAGAAAUCAAUGUCACCACACCCUCACAGAAUGAAGGACCAUGGGCUGUGAAAGAGGAGUCGUUACUUGAUCUGGAUUUCGACCCCUUCAAACCUGAUGCAACAACGCCGAUAGGGAAGACUCAGUCCCCCAGUUCUCAGGCAUUACCAUGGGAUUUGUGGACGGCAAGCGCUGGGCCAGCACAGCCUCUUGACUCUUCAAAAAGUCUCUCUCUCUGUAACCUCUCUGUGGAUGACAGCACUCAAAGUCACAAUGCAGAAGACUUUACCCGAUCAUAUUCUGACCAGGGUUCAAGCGGUGGCUUAGCAACAAGCUGGGGCUUAGACUUUAGCACCGCUAGUGUCAGUCAGGAGAUGGCAGCUAACAGAGACUCUGAGCAGCUGUCUUCCCAAGGAGAACAAGGAGGGACUGCGGAUGAAGUUCACCAGUAUUGUUCGGACCUUAGGAAUCCUGUAGAGGGACAGGAGUGGCCCCCAGCAGACAGCUGGCAGGAAGCACCUCUGGAGGAGCAGGCAGAUACUGCAGAUGCAGAGGUAUCCAACAAUGCUUUUAAUGGAUUCUCUCAGCUGGAUGCGGGCACCUCCAUGUUUACCUCCGAUUCUAACCAGAGUGUGUUCAAUACAAUGCCUGAUGCAGAAGUCCCUCCUGUUGUGGAUUCUCGGGCCCCUGAGGCCCCCUCUGAGCCAGCCCAGGAAACUCUGCCAGCUGAGCCUCAGCAGGCAACAGAGAAGGCCGUGGACAAUGUUGAGGCGGAAGUGAAAGAGCCUGUAGUAAGCGCUGAGGCAGAGAGCAUGGAGGCUACAACAGUGGAUGUGGAAAGUGAAUCGCCCCCAGCAAAAGAUUUGGCAUCAGCAGUGGAUGUAGAAAACGAAUCCCCCACAACACAGGCUCCGGCUUCAGCAGUGGAUGUGGAAACUGAGUCCCCAACUGCACAGGCUCCGAAUUGCAUAGCAAAUGGUAGAACACAUAAGAAUGUAGAGCCUGAAGUAGGAGAUGAAAAUAAAGAGGUUACUGAAGACACUGAGAAUAAGCAGUUCCAGGAAAAGAUGACUAUACCAUCAGUGGUCAUUGAACCAGCAUCAAACAAUGAAUGGGAUGAUGAAGAACUACAGGCUGAAGAUGUCAGAGAACCAGAGGUGGUACCUGAGCCUGACAGCAAAGUCAGUGACAGCAGGGAAAUGCCAGCAGCAAUACCAGAGGAGCCAGCAGCAGCAGCAGCUCAGGAGAGUCAGCCACUUACAGAACCAGCAGUGGAGACUAAACCUGAAGUUGCUACAACACAAAGCCUGCCUCCUGGGUACCUCUACAAGGCUGAAGCACUACAUGAUUUUGAAGCUGCAAGUUCAGAUGAACUUGAUUUGAAGAAAGGCGAUCUUGUCUUAGUCAUUCCUACUGCACUAGUGGAAGAUCAGGAAGCUGGCUGGCUAACUGGAAUUGCAGAAAAUGACUGGCUGCAGUAUCGUGAUAUCACCCAUAAGGGACUGUUUCCAGAAAACUUCACUCAACGCAUUGAAUAGAGAUCUGAGAAAGCAGACGGUUUAACCAGCUGACUGACUUCUGGGCUAAAUGCAGCAAAAAACAUGGUUCUCCGUAUUCUGGUGAUUCCAUUAGCAUAUGGCUGAAGUGGAAUUGUUUUUAAUGAUUUUAACAAUAUGAAAAAACUGGAGCAUGAAGCAAGAAUAUGGUUUCCCUUCUUCUGGAACCAAUAAAUAAAUAUAUUCUUGUUUGUUUACUUGUAAGCAGCAAUGGAUGUAUUUGUGCUUUGUUGGGAGCUAUGGUGAUCCCACAUGUAACCCCUUCCUGUGAAAAAAGAAAAAGCUCAUUGCUCUUAAGACAAUGACCUUAUCUUCUCUGCACUAAGUGUAUUGUAUGAAUUUGUUGCUCUGCAGCAGAUUUUUUUGUAACCUGUAGUGAUAUAAUAAUCUAUAUAACAGUUAAAAGUGUUACAAAGUUGCUGAGAAUUUUUUAAAUGUUUAAUUUGUCAUAAAUGUGACCCUUGCAUUGUAGAGCUGUUUUCUCUGUAGUUUCAUUGCUGCGUGUGUUGCUAUGAUGAUAUUAGGCAUUUUGGUGUUCAUAAACAAAACUUGCUAUUCCUUUGCCAAAAACAACAACAACAAAACAAUAUAGGGCGUACUGUGUAUUUCCAGUGUUAAAUAUCUAUAAUGUUUUACAAGAGAGCUUUUCACAAAUGAAGACUAUAUACUGCAGAGUGUUGUUAACACAUCCUCCAAAUAUGUGCUUCAUUCCGAUAAACUCCUAUUAAUAACUAUGAUAACAGUUGAACUCCAAAGUAAGAAAAUGCUGUAAAAGCAUCUACAAAUUAUUUAUUUGUAUAACAUUAACUAUAUUUUCCAUUUUAUUUUUUUUAAUUAAAAGCUAAUGGGGGAGGGGUGGACAGUAAUGCAAUACAUGUAACUGUUAAUAUAUCUCCCAUAGUCGUAUCUGUUCAAUAAUAGCUGAAUUAACAUUGUAGUGUGCUAACCGUCAACCUUCAUAAUAGAACCCAUUGUGAUGUACAUGUUUAUGUUAAUUUAAUGUGAAUAAAAAAUAGUUCACAAAGAUAUAAA